AUGCCGACAACGUUCAAGCCGGCGAUUGAAUCCAGCGACGCGGACAAAUGGAAAGCUGCAUGUGAAUCGGAACUAGAGUCACUCUUCAAGAACAAGACUUGGGAUGUCGUGCCUCUGCCAACGGGGCGCGAAGCAAUUGGUUGCAGAUGGAUGUUUCGAGUCAAGGAAAACCAAGAAGGAGUCAUUGAGCGUUUUAAAGCGCGACUUGUGGCCAAGGGAUUUUCACAGAAAUUUGGAGUCGAUUAUAAGGAAACAUUUGCACCGGUGGCGAAAUUUACUUCGAUUCGCAUUGUAUUGAGCAUGGCUGCCAAGUACGGCUUGGCGCUGCAUCAGAUGGACGUUAAGACUGCAUUUUUGAAUGGAGUUCAAGAUGAAGAAAUUUAUUUCUAG